AUGGAAACCCUAUUCUUCUGGGUGAAGAUCAUGAACAUUCCACUGACUUUGGAGGUGAAGGAAAUGAUUAUCAAUGUGGCCUCCCUUACGGGUCACUUUCUGGAACUAGAUCAGAAACUGUUUGACACUUCUGCCAAAAUUCAAGUGCAGGUCGCCCAUGAGAUCACAAAACCAUUCAUUCUCAAGAAGACCCUCAAGUUGGCACCCGGUGUGGUUGAAGAAAUAGUCUUCUUUUUUGAAAACCUAAUUGGAAGAUGUCGCAAAUGCAAUCUGAUCUUCCAUGCAAAUGGGAGUUGCUUGGUCGCUACUCCACCAAAAACUGAUCCCUCCACUGCUGCUGCUCCACGCUUAGAUCUAGUGAGCCCUUUUAUUGGCUUCAAGGAGCCUUUUUUUACUCAUGGAAUGUUUAAGUUUCAGGGAUCCCAACUGCAUAUUCCUCCGGUUGCCAGAAACCUAUUUAGUAACAUGGACACCCCUAGAGGUCGUCGGCCUCUUGUCAUCAAGCAUGCACAACUGAGGCAGAGUAUGACACAAGAGGACAAGGAUGCGAAUCAGAUAUUGGCAAUGGUACCAGGGGACAGUGAGCCUACUGUGAAGAGGAGCAGACCUGCCUCCCCAUUCACAUCUCUAAAAAAGCUAAAGUUCGUCUUUGAGGAGCUACAAAGCAAUAGAGAACGGGAGGCAGCAACCAAGAAAAUCAAGGUACCUAAGUUUUCUUCCAAGAUUAUGGCCAAAUCUCUAGGACUCAUUGAAACUCGGGGAGGCAUGCUGGUUCCAAAAGAGGUGAUGACGCCUAUUGCAACAAUAUCAAGUGAAGCAGCCAAGAUGGAGAACAGUAGUCACAAGAAGAAAAGGGGUCGACCUCUUGGCUCAAAAAACAAAAAACCAUCUAAUAAAAAGGACCCUGCUCAGGAAGUAUUGAGUCUCUUGUACUCGAAGAAAUCUCCUAGCCCGAGUAGUAAGGGCAAGGAGAAAGUUUAG